GGGGGCGACGGUGAACAUAGAUUCACCUCGCUGGCGAUAAGGGGCGCGGGUCUGACGCCUGUCGGCGAAUCAGGCCUGGCGGAUUCACUGAUGACGACGCCAGCGGAAGCGUCCACGGAAUCCCAUCGAAUAGGGGGGCCACCGGGAAUGAGUUUGGCCCCCCUAUUUCGCUUCCGAUUCACUUCACUCUGGGGCACACUGGCAACAGAGGGGGCUUCUACGCGCUUUUACUUCACCAUCGCAUUCACCAUCGACACAAGGGCUUUUGGGAACCACCAGGAACGAGAUUGGUUUUCUCUUGUUUGCUUUUCUGUCUUCUCUUCUCCUCCCCUCUCCAAUCUUCGGCACGUCAACAAAGUGGAAGUUCACCAGGAGCGAGUUUGUUCUUCCACUUCUCCUCACACAGUAUCACAACGCAGUUACAAGGUCACCGGGAACGAGUUUGGCCUUGCAACAAUAUUCACAAAGUAGAAGUCCACCAGGAACGAGUUUGGACUUCUAUCUUUCAUCAAUCAUCAUCACAAAGGGGUAAAAGGUCACCGGGAAUGAGUUUGGCCAUCCUUCUUUCAACAUUCACAACAAAUCUGUAAGAGAUCACCAGGAACGAGUCUGAUUCUCUACUUUUCUUCAUCACAAACUGUGCAAAGAACUCCGUCAGGUCACAUAGCACGCUCACCAGAUUGGGCUUGCUUAUUCCAUUUCCUCAAUAUCAAAACAAAGCGUGAAAAGAUCACCAAGAAGCAAUUUCAUCAUCCAAACCGCAAAACAAAGGGGCACACACAGCGACAAUGUCCGACUCACCUGGAUCAGACUCAUCAUCUGGAUCAGACACAUCGUCUGAGGAAUCCCCUGGAAAUUAUGAACUGCGCAUGAAUGAAUUAGGGAUGGCUGAAGUGCUGUCUUUUUCAUAUGCACGAUCUCCAUCUCCACCUGCAUUGGAAGAUCCCAAGACUCCUGAAGCCACUUCUUCGACAUCAUCACCCUCAGCAGUCGGGACCCCAGUUUCCACGUCGUCGGGAACUUUAUCUGCAGAAGCUGGGAGCCCAACAUCGACGUCGUCCAGAACUUUGUCUCUACAAGCUGGCACCCCAACAUCAACGUCGUCGAAAACUUUGUCUCUACAAGCUGGCACCCCAACAUCAACGUCGGAGGAGGAUGACCCGUAUCCAGUAGCUCAGAGCCCAACAUCGACGUUCUCGGAAUCCACGUCUGCUGCUGCACCCAAGACCCCAACCAAGUCCCCAGCAGCAAAGAACCCACCAUGCACGUCCCUGUCGGCGCCGUAUCCAGAGUCGUGGACUGAAAAACUGUGGUCUCCACCAUCGUCUCCAGAGCUGCCCUCUCAAUUGUCUCUGCAUCUACCGUCUCCGGUGCGGAUCUCUCCGGAGCCAUUCUCUCCAGCGCCGUGGUGGCCCGUAUCGUCCUCUCCAACACCCGAGCCUGGAGCACGCACGACUCCAGCAUCCCCACCGCCACCACCGCCUGAGCGCGUCGUCAUCGCCAUCGCGGGCCCAACCUCUAGUGGCAAGACAACUCUCUCCAACCUUCUUCUCCAUGUCUUUGGCAACGGCAGUGCUACUCCGGGAAGCGGCUUUACCUCGGUCGCCCUCCAUCAAGACGACUACUUUGUUCCUAGUAAUCUCCCUACCGGACCUCAAGUUCAAUGGGCUGAGUGCUACCUUGAAGAAUGGAUGGGCGAGUGCCUUGCCAGUCGCGCCUGCAUGUUCAAAGGUUUCACCGUGGAGGAAGCCGACAGGAUCACACCCGUGCACGAGGAGAUACUCAUCAGGGAGUAUCGGGAUGUCCAUGCCCGUAGAUGGAAUGCACCUCAUUUCGAUGCAGAAGUUCUCAGCCUCCAGCUUCGCAGUGGCAAGAACCGUGACACGCGCCUUGUGACUGACUUUUUUGCUCUCGCCAUCGCUAUUGCGCGUGCCAAGGCGUCUAUGCUCGACUCCGACAUGGAAAUUGCUGAGAGGGGUAUGGUCACGGAUUAUAGCUUCCUUCUGGAGAAACCAAGCAUUGACGGUCCCGAGAUCGAAGACAACGAAUAUGGACCUCGCGAUCCAAGCCCUUUCAUCAAGGAGGAGGAGUCUAUCAAGGGGGAUGGAUCAGUCAAUGGAGUGGAACCUAUCGAGAUCUAUGAAUCAAUCGAGAAAGAUGAACAUAUUGAGGUAUAUGAAUCAAUCGAGAAAGACGAAUCUAUCGAGAAAUAUGAAUCUACCAAGAACGGUGAUCCUAUCAAGGAAGAGGAGCCUAUCCUAGAAGACGAGAUCCUCGGGCAUGAUGAAGUAUGGAACAUCACAAAGUACAGGAUCCACAAGCCUAGAUGGCCCCCAUACAAAGUUGACCAUGGGAUAUAUGGCCCCUACCUCCAAGACCCCACCAUGGUCGUCCCCAAGAAGGGUAAAUCCGGCUACAUCAAGAACCCGAUCAAGCCCAACUCCCUCAUUCCACACCACUGCUUCGCCGUCGAGCCAAACUCCCUCCAAUACCCAGAGCUCCCAGACGGCACCCGCAAGCUCCUCCCCGUCAUCGUCAAUCUCCGCCUCCAAGUGCAACGCUGGAUCGAGGCUAUGACGACUCUGAACGAACUCGCUGGCUUCCCCGGGCUGAACUUCAUAGAUGGCAAAUUCCGCGGCAUCGUCUUCGUCGAGGGCUUCACGAUCCUCCAGCCCGCCGAGGUCGACCCCGCCGCCCAUCAACCCAACUACGACCUCUCGCUCUUCCUGUCUGCAACCCGUGAGGGAACGCGCAAGCGCAGAUUUGCGCGCAAAGAGUACAAUAAACCGCUCAUGAAGAGAUACAUGACAUGGCGCGAGAAAUCCUACUUCGAUGGCGUUGCGUGGCCUGCGUUCGUUGAGGAGCACCAGUGGAUCUUUAACAUGACUCCCCAGCAGGCGAAAGAGGGACUUAUGCCCGAUGCCAAGUAUGAGAAUGUGUCUGACCUGGCGAAGGAGCGAGGCUUGGAGGUGCGACCGGGUGAGAUGGGGAUUAAAGAGACGCUGGAGUGGGCGAUGCGUAAGAUUAUGAAUGAGUUUGGGUUCAAGGAGAAGACUGCUAGGGAGAAGUGGGUGGAGGAGAAAAAUGCUAGGGAGUACUUGGCGAAGGAGCAGAAUGAUUGGAAUAUGUGGGUGGAUGAGGAGAAUGCUUUCCAUAUGUGGGUGAAUAAGGAGAAUGUUAGGGAGAUGUCGGCGGAUGAGGAUAAUGAUGGCGACGUCGUGGAGCAAGAGCAACCUGGAGAGUGGAUUCAGGAGAACUUGAUGGAUGAGGACGACAUUGACUUCAUGUUUGAGAUAGAGAAGCGUAAUCUAGAUAUAACGGAUGCGAUUCAUCGGGAGUGCCGUGAUGAUGGUCAGGUCCGUGAUGAUGCUGACCCUUAUUGGGGUAGACAUGGUGCUGUUGAGGAUGAGGAUUUUGAUUACGCUGCUGAUCCCUGGUGGGGAAUGCAGGAUGACAAUCUUGUGGAGGAGGUCUAUUAUUCGGGAGACUUCAAAAAUCUGGACUGGGAGGGGGAUGAUGGUAUGCAGGCUUUCGGGACGUCGGAUUCGGAAUUAUCGCAAGGAGGGUUUUGUAAGAUAUGAGGGCUUUAUGAAUUUGAGGGCUGAAAGAGGG